AUGGCAAGGGAGCAGACUUGUGUAGAUGAGGAAUUUGGGCUGCUGUUCAGCGUCACAUCUUUUUAUGGUGAAAGCUACGUGGGGCUCAGCACGGCAGAGGUUUCCCCUGAGCUCUCGCUUCAGUUCAGAUUUCAAACCAGCAAGCCACAAGGCUUACUCUUCCUUGCAGCUGGGAAGACUGACUACUGCCUAAUAGAACUUCUGUCGGGAACAUUACAGGUAAAAGUAAACGUGGGCAUGGGGAAACAGAUCCUCCUUUCUGAGCAAAGACUUCGUGUGGACGAUUUGGUCUGGCAUUCGGUGGGACUGCACUGUGGCAAAGAUUGUGUUUCCUUGGUCAUUGACAAGCAUCAUGAGACAACCGGCCAGCUGGCUGGGGGGAUGCAUAACUUCACCUUUCACCAUGGAAUCUAUGUAGGAGGUCGUGGGGGGCUCAGUGUCCCUUACCUGGACAGAAAGACCCCCAAUUUCAGAGGAUGCAUGGAGGAUGUGGUGUUUAACCAGAGGGAGAUCCUUACGUCCCUUAGGUCUUACCCUGGCUUUAAGAAGGUUAAUGAGGUGUCACUGGGGUGUAGCGAUGAGUUUUUUGCUGGGAAGGAUGAGGCCAUUAGCUUUUUCAGCUCUAGGUCCUACGUCACCUUCCCAGAAUGGAAAGUGUACCACGGGGAAGGGAUCCUGAGGUUUGCUGUGCAAACUGAAACCCCACAAGCUUUGCUUUUGUUUCAGUCAGGUAGAGGAAGAGAUUUUGUUGCCUUAGAAAUCCAUGAGGGUCAACUCAAGGCUCAUGUAGGAAGAGGCGGAACAAAAACUCAACUUUCGUCGUUCAGCUUGGUUAGUGACAACAAGUGGCACAUUGUUCAACUCAGAGUCUCGGGGAGGCAUGUGGACCUCAUGGUGGAUGAACACGGGGAAAGGGCGGGGCUGCCUCUGCAAAGCCAAGAGUUCGUGUCGGAAGGACCCCUGUUCGUGGGAGGCCUGGUUGACCGGAUGUGGGAAACAGCACGCAGCUUAGAACUUGUGUCUGUGCCCGGGAAAUCCGUUCGAGGGUUGUCUCUGAAAGGGUGCCUGCGAGCCUUGGAAGCCAAUUUGGAAAAGAGAGCAUUACGGGAUGCUCUUGUCUCCAGAGACGUUUCUGCUGGGUGCACAAGCGGGGGUCUCCGCGGUACAGAUCCUUCUGUGGCAGGGGAAGAUGUGCUUCCGCCACAGCCACCCCCUUCCACUGCUGUCCCCAGUGCCAGUUCUUCUCUGAAAAAUCAAAGUGGCAGGUUUUUGGUUUUGAAUAAGCUGGAAGUCCAAGAAGGUGGACGGGCCUUACUGGGACAGAGGCACAUAGAAGUGGGUGUGGACUUCAUGUAUCUGGGUAUCAAUUAUUCUCAGAUACUGUUUAAUAUACAGGAAAUGCCAACACAUGGGUUCCUUCAAAUAGAUGUUUGGCCUGCACAGGAAAUGGAGCGGACUUUUACUCUGUCAGAUCUGAGGCGUGGGAAAGUGUGGUAUGUCCACGGUGGUUCGGAAGAGCCUACAGAUUCUUUUACGUUUCAGGUUUCUUCUAAUAGCAAGCAGGCGGUGCUGUCCCAGCUGCAGGAUCCCGUUGCACAUGUCUUUAACAUUGUUGUCCUUCCAGUGAACGACCCCCCGUAUCUCAGGCUCCCAGAAGGCCACUUGCUUCUCUUUGAGAACACCAAGCAGCGACUAGCACCUGGCCUGAUGCAGGUGUCAGAUCCCGACACGGAUGCUCAACACCUCAGGUUUUCAGUUCUUAACACCUUCAGUUCAGAGGCUGGGUUUUUAGAAAGUGUCAAGGACCCUGGGAAAGCCAUCAGUGAUUUCACAGACGCGGAUUUACAAGACGGCAACAUUUUCUAUGUGCACAGGGGUCAUCGAAACUCCCGGAUCGUUCUGAGAGCAACUGAUGGCGAACUGGUUAGCAAUACUGUAGUGUUGCGGGUCAUGGCUGUCCCCUGGGACUUUGAAGUGGCUGAUAGGACUGGCGUGGUGGUACCACAAGGUGGUACCAUUCUUAUCACCGGGAGCAACUUGUCUGUGAAGGUGAAUGGCGGACAACAUGAGCUGGACACUCGCUAUGACAUCACACAUCCACCUCAGUUUGGCCAAAUUCAGCAUCUGGGUUCUAAUGGAGAAUGGAAACCAGUUAGGACCUUUUCUCAACGUUCUGUUGACCGGGGUGAGAUCCGAUACCACAGUUCAUUCAAAGAAUUGCAGCAAGAAAAUGUUACGGAUCACUUUAAAUUUAAAGUUAGCAUAGAGGGAAGAGUAAGCAAAGAGCUCCUGUUUCCUGUGACUGUGCAGUGGCUGCAACUGACAGUUCCGAAAAAUAUCCCUCUGGAGAUUAGCAACACAAACAGGAAAGUAUUGGACUCUGGUCACCUGCAGGCUGCAACAGGGAGUGUGCAAGUAGCUGAGAGGGAACUGUUUUUCAAGCUACUGAUGCCACCUAAGAAAGGAAAGCUGCUACUCGGCGAUGAAGUACUUAAAACCGGUUCGAUGUUCAGUCAAAAGAACGUUACAGACUCUAUGGUAAGCUACAAACCUCAGGGGAGGCCCCGGGAACACUCCCAGGAUUCUUUUAGUUUCUCAAUAGUUGUAAAACAGGUAGAAUCCAAAGGUCAUACCUUCAGGAUAAACCUUGAAGUAGAUAAGACACAUAUCACUGUAACAAACACUGGAUUGUAUGUAAAAGAGGGAGAAUGGACAAUAAUUACAAAAUCAGAACUCUUUGUUCAAACAUUGGACCAUCGUGUCUUCCAAUAUAAAGUCACCAAGAGUCCUCAGCAUGGGGAAUUGAAAUUGGUCAGCUCCUCUACUUCUCCGGGAAGUGACAGUAGGGCCACUGGAUUCACAGAUGACGACAUAGUGAGUGAGAGGCUGAUCUAUGCUCAUGAUGACUCUGAGACCCGGUGGGAUGAAUUCGUCAUUCUGGCUUCUGCCACAGGCCUGGGCCGACAGGGAGGGGUCAGAAGCCCUGACUCUGAGCACGUGUCUACAGAAAUCAAAGUCAGCAUUUCUGUUGAGUUGAAGAAUGAUGAGAAGCCAGUGCGUGUGGUAGAUAAAAUCUUUCAUGUUGUGCGGGACAGCCAGCGCUUGCUGACACUAGCAGAUCUCUGUUACCACGACCCCGACGUAGAUUUUGAUGAUGGCCAGUUGCUCUAUACUAGACAUGGCAUACCAAAUGGAGAUUUGGUGAAAGCCACUGACCCGACUCAGAAGCUCUACCAGUUCAGACAAGAGGAUCUACGGGAAGGGCGUGUGCUCUUCAAGCACAGUGGUCCAGACUCUGCUCGGUUCCUGCUGUUUGUGACAGAUGGCGUCCAUUAUACGUCAUCCCUUUUGGAGGUCAGCGUGUCAGAGGCCUAUAUCCAUAUAGUUAACAACACAGGGCUGCUUGUGCACAGAGGGAGGGACGGCUUUCUAACAACAGCCAACCUGAGCGUCACCACAAACCAAGACGUCAGAACGGACCAUGAGUUUGAAUUCCACGUCGUGCAACCCCCGAAACAUGGCAGACUCCUGGUCAACAAUUCUGCCUUUCACUCAUUUUCCCAGCAUGACCUAAAGCAGGGAUAUGUGACUUACAGGUACAAUGGCGAUGGCAACUCCGAUAUCUUUAACCUGACAGUGACAGCUAAAGAUACCUCCCUAGAUGUGAGCGUCAGUGUCCAAGUGUCCUUGGAGGAUCACCAACAUUACACUCCCAUUCUGCACAGGGAGAGCCUUACAGUUGAAGAAGGAAAACCAGGAAAACUGAGUAGAGGAAAGUUCCAGGCUGGGAACGAAGAAGAUAUCCCUUCCAAGGCAGCGUUCAUAGUCAGAACUCUACCAGUACACGGAUACCCCCAAAAAUCCACAGCAGAAGGCAGCAUCGUGGGUGCAGAUGGGAAGCCCGCUCUGAGCUUCACCCGGCAGGAUAUUGACGAUGGCAAUGUCCUUUAUGUCCAGACAACUCCCGGCCAACAAAGGGAUCAGUUCAUCCUAGAUGUGACAAAGGACUCCCAGGUUGUAAGGAGAGUGGAGAUGCUUCUGGAUCUCAUCCCGAAGUGGAUGCCUCUAGAGGUGCAGAAUCUCACAGUUCAAGCAGGGGGCUCCAGAGCACUUCUGCGGGACCACCUCUGAAUUCCAAGCAAGUAUUUUGAGAGUCUUGACUGUGAAUUUGUUCUUCUCCAACCACCAAAGCACGGUUAUGUUGAAAGUUCCAUGUUUCCAAGAGUAAAGCUAGUGAAAUUUUCCAGGAAAGAGGUGGCGCAGGAGUCGAUUGACUAUGUUCAUAAUGGCAGUGAGGAGUUCGACAGUCUCACCAUCUUGGCGAACAGCUCUGAGCUUGGGAAACAGAGUCUGCCUCAGACUCUGUUUGUGACCGUUGAGUCUGUAAAUGAUGAGGCUCCGGUAGUAACAGCCAAUAAAGUCCUCCAGGUGUGGGUGAAUUCUGUCACUGAGGUGACCAGAGGGGACCUGUGUGCAGAAGAUGGGGAUUCUUCCCCCCAGGACUUGGUCUACUGGGUUACUCCUCCCAGCAACGGGCAUCUGGCUCUCAAGUCCAUUCCUGGCAGAAGCAUCCAGAACUUCACUCAGGCUCAAAUUGACGAGGGUCAGCUCGUGUUUGUGCACUCUGGAGCAACGUCAGGUGGCUUUAGUUUCCAGGUUACUGACGGUUUGAAUUCCGCACCUCGACAAAUCUUUAGCGUCACCGCCCGAGCUCUGAUCAUUAGCUUAGAAGUCAACAGAGGAUUGAGCAUCUUCCCAGGUUCCACAAAGCCACUUUCGUCUCAUGACCUGAGAGCCGUGACCAAUGACGACAAGGCAGGAAACAGAACUAUAACAUUUACGGUUGUCAGGUCCCCUAGGCUUGGGAGGCUGCUGAAGAUGUACCCGGACAGUCACACGGAGGACGUUUCCGUUUUUACCCAAUGUCUGGUCAGUGAAGGGCUGAUUCUUUACCAGCACCUGGAUCUUGACACAGCGUGGGCCUCAGGAGACUCCUUCACAUUCACAGCAUCUUCCCCUCCGGCAGAGCUGGGCCCUGAGGAUUUCCGGAUUACUAUUUCACGUGAAACCAAUGAAUCGGGCCGACAGAGCAGGCUGCGUGCAAAUACAGGAGCCUCUGUCAAGGAGGGAGAUAAAGUUCUCAUUGACCAAUCUAAAUUAGAUGCUUCCAACCUCUUACUUCAGCUGCCCCAACCUCAGCGUUCUUCCCAUGAAAUCUGGUACCAGGUUACAGCUCUUCCUCACCAUGGAACCAUUAUGGUUGGAGAGAGAAAUAUUACCACAGAAAAGCCCUACUUCUCCCAGCAAAUAGUUAAUGCAUUUGGAGUUACAUAUCUUCACGAUGACUCUGAAUCAUUGGCUGAUAAUUUUACCUUUGCUGUUUGGCCAAACCCGAAGAAUCAGUCCACCAGCAAGCCAGAGGCCGACUUUCUGGAAGAGGUGUUCACCAUCACCAUCACCCCUGUGAACGAUCAGCCUCCAGCAUUAAAGACCAAAGGGCUUCGGCUUACAGUUCUGCAGGGCGGUAGGUUGGUUGUGGGACCUGAAAUCCUCAAGGUAGAAGAUAUAGACAGUCCUCCAAGUGAAAUCCGAUAUGUGGUCAUCCGUCCUCCCAACAAUGGCUUUUUAGCAAUGGCUCACGCUCCAGACGACACUGCUCACCACUUUACACAGGCUGACGUCAACAACGCUCAGGUGUGGUUUAUACAAGAUGGAAGUCCAUCCUCUGGAGUGUUUUAUUUCAGUGUGACUGACGGUGAGCACCGGCCUCUCUAUAAGCUUUUCCACCUGGAUGUCACCCCCAUCUCCAUCACGCUUGUGAACCUCACAGACCUGCUUCUCCCACAAGGCCAGACAACUGUCCCCAUCACAAAUACUCAUCUUUCAGCAGUGACCAAUGGUGGGAGCCCCCAGAUCACCUACAGAAUAGCACAGCCCCUCCAAAGCGGCCACUUGCUGAUUGAAAACCAGGUGGUCAACAGCUUCAGGCAAGAGGAUUUGGAUUCUGGAAGACUCUCUUACCACAUGACCAAUCUCACAGCCUCAGAAGAUCAACUGAGGUUCUCACUGUUUACAACAGAGUGCAACUUGACAGAGCAGACCCUGGGCAUCAGGGUACAGCCUUUGUUGUGGGUUGGGUCAAACUUGAAAGUUACCAACAGAGUGGCUCACCAGCUCAGGAGAGAGGAUCUGGAUGCAACCGAGCUCGCUAACAGAACUAAGAGUGACCCCACAUUUGAAGUGAUACAACCCCCCAUCCAUGGACGACUUGUUCGAAGAGCAGUCGACAGCCCUGUGGCAGAAGAGGUCACUCAGUUCACCCAGACAGACAUCAACCAAGGGCAGCUGGUGCUUGAGCCACGGGCUAAUCUAACAGGCACCCAUACACUGAAUGACUCCUUCGCCUUCUUGCUCAGUGCAGACGACGUGCAGCCAGCAACAGGCCAUCUGGCCUUUACUAUAGUGCCACCAGACACCUUACCUUUACAGACAUUUACACCACAUGUGCCUUUAGUAGUCACUGGAGAGACCCCUGUGGCCUCUGUUUUCUCUCAGAAAAAACUUAGGGCUUCUAUUAUAAAACAGACAGAAAAUCCAGGAAAUCUGACCCAGCGCAAAUGGCAAGGGACAGAUUUCUGGGGUCAGCUCAGUGGCAAAGAACCAAAUAUAGAUGCCAAGGUCUCCCCCACCAGAGUCACUUGGCCAUAUGCUGCCACCAAAGUGGGGGUGACUCUUUCUGGGGAAGCCAUGCAGCCGGAAGUGAGCCGUCACCCUCUGAUGGUCAUCAUACCUUUGGCUGCUGUGUUCCUCCUCCUGUUAGUGACUGUGGUGGCCCUGUGUGUUUGGAUGCUGGGCCGAAAGGAGGAUAGGCCCAAUCCUCUUAUCCAGCCAAAGACGAACCUCAAAUCCCCAUCCCCACGCUUUAGAGCAGAGAGGAGUGGAGCCAUUCCCACGGUCACGGUGACGCCCCUUAUUAGAAGCUCCAGCAGCCCGGCUACCAGUAUAUUCCAGCCACAACCAUGUGAACAGCCAGCCCCUCUGGGGGCGGGGCAUAUAGAGAAAUGUGCUCCUUGGGAGGCGUGGGUGAACCUGGAUCCUGAUAUGGCCAAGCUCUGUCGUCAAACCAAUCCGGCUCUGAAACAUAACCAGUAUUGGGUAUAAAUGGGGAACCCUGCCUUCCACACCACCUCCACUCGUUCUCUCUCCUUCCCUCCCCCCACCUCUCUCUCCCGCUUCACCCCUUCACUCCUCUCCACUCCCCGGCCCCAUGUCUCUGUCUUUCUUUGCUGUUACUGACCACUUACUGUGUAAGUGUAAGUAAGUGUAAGUAAGAUCAGCACUGAGCUAUAAUGAUGAAAGAGUGCCGAUUAGAUCAAGGAAGGCCGCCCAUUAGGUGUUGUUACACACAGAGCUCAAUCACAGCCCGAUGCUGUUGGCGAGUGAUGUACCUUGAACUCCCUGGCCUUCCACCAUGAUCCCUUCCCAGGACCUGGCAUUCUCUAUGAGUAUGGUUCUGUUAAGAAUUAAACUACACUAAGGAACUGCUGAGCCGUGGGACCCCAUCGGAAGCAGUGCCAUUAACGUGGGGUUUGGAGUUAAGGGAGAAAGUUUGGGUGCUUUUCAUGGAAGAUUCACCCUCUCGGUGAGUCAGUCAGGAGGAGGUGCCGGUUCUCUCUCCAUAGAAGGUAUCUUUUAUUGCAUCCGCGAGCUUGUUUAUGUAAUGUUUAUGUGUCCUCCUUUUCCUCUGUGGAGUCUCCUGGGGUUGGUUUCCUUGUGCAGGAAGUGCCUUGUUCAGAUGUCAGGGCAAACUGACCUCCUCUGAGGCGUCAUUCAAUACAUUGUAUUCACCCAGAAGCAAUGCUUACAGAAGGAUCUGUAACAUCAAGGAGUAUCUGAAGCCCUGAGGUAUAGAGAGGCGUGUUAAAAGCUUUUUAGUUUUUGAUGCCUUGGUUUGGCAUCCUUUUAUAAUAAAUUGAAAUAACAAC